ACAAAAUAUCAAGAUAACAUUAUAUUUCUACCGUUAGUCGCUAAUUCAAACACCACUGCAGUGAUCUGGUUCUCAAACGUCAAUGCCCUUAUUUUUCGAUGAUACAUCAGUAUGACGCUUCAUUGUACUUAAAAAUCGCCUUUGGAACAAACACUGUCAUAACCUGUGAGACCAGACCUGGAGGAUGGCUGUAUAUUCCAUGUUCAUAUAUUGUAGUGUCUGUUCCUCCUUCUGCUUCUCAUGGACGGUAUUGAAUCAAGGGGAUGUGUGGGAUAUUCCAGAAACUGAAGGCUUUACUAAUACAAACCUCCAAGACGAUGUGUCUGAAUCUGAAAUGUAUGAUGAAGACGGUAUGUUUACAGAUUGGUCCCAACAUCCGGGUAUGGGAGACAGUCACCAGACGAGCACCGAUGAUUCCUGGGAGUUCCUCCGAGAGGAGGAGUCAACACGUAAAGAUGUUGUAGAUUAUGUUAAUGCUGAUAACGGAGAAGCUGUACUACAAGUUGGGCAAGACCUGCGUAUGCCAGAGGACAGCUACAAACGUUUGGAGGCUAAUGUCGAGGUUCUGGCAGUCGUGGAUUACUGUCUUUACCGGAAGUAUCUCCGACAAUAUCGCAACAAUAAGAGGAAAGCACACAUGCAGAUCGAACGAUACUACCGGAUUCUCUUCUCAAUGGUUGACCAGCGCUUCUCAACUAUCCAGUCGCCAUCGUUGGCCAUCCGUGUUAGCUUGGUUGGAAUUGUCAUUCCAAAGAAUCGGGCAGAAGCUAGCUGGCUGGAAAAUUCCGUUACCUGGCCCCGGACUGUUCGCCAAGGUGUGGUUAAUGUGGAUACAGCUCUUCAAAAGUUCCAGAUGUGGCUUCGGAGAAAAUAUCCUGAUCUUCCUACUUACGACCACGCGGUAGCUUUUACAGGACACCGGUUAUAUAAAGGACAAAGAAAAGUUGACGGUAUGGCGUAUAUCGGGACGAUAUGUCGAACCCUGGAAGGGAAAUCGUCUUCUGUUGUAUACGACAAUGGAGAUUUCCUUGCUGCUGGAAUCACCACUCAUGAACUUGGACACAGCCUAGGUGCCACACACGACGGAGACAGUGUAAACCAAGACUGUUCGGCUGAUAGAGACAACAUAAUGUCCCCCAGACAGAGCGCCAAGAGUAAGGCAGCAUCCUCGAUGUUCUACUUUUCGGACUGCAGCAUCAAACAGAUGAUAUAUCACCUCCAGAAUCGGAGACAUUGUUUAACUGGAGGAACUAAGGAUCCAUAUAACCAGACAGGCAAUAACUCCCCAGGUUCCAUAUAUGGUCUGACGAAACAGUGUCAGAUGGUGUUUGGUUCCCAGUCUGACUUCUGCCAGCGUACCGGUCGCUAUGACAACAUAUGUGAACAGCUCUGGUGCACCAAUCCCGGUAAUGCCCGAAUCUGCCAAACUAAGUCACGACUUGUAGCACUUCCGGGCACGAUUUGCUCUCAUCAGAAGAUAUGUCACCUUGGUAACUGUUUGGAUUCAUCCACAAUACAGAGCCAAAACAGAGAGUUUAGUCUCGUUAGACCUACCACAACAUCAGAAUGCCCUACAGGGGAUAGGGAUCCAGCAUAUUGCACAUCGGUAGCCAUGAAGUAUGGACGUGAAGUUAUAUGUGAUCAUAACAUUAUUGGAGCCUACUGUUGUCGGACAUGCUCGAUGAUAAUGUAAAACGAUUGAUAACAUUAUUGGAGCCUACUGUUGCCGGACAUGCUCGAUGAUACUGUAACACGAUUGAUCAUAACAUUAUUGGAGCCUACUGUUGCCGGACAUGCUCGAUGAUAUUGUAAAACGAUUGACCAUAACAUUAUUGGAGCCUACUGUUGCCGGACAUGCUCGAUGAUAAUGUAACACGAUUGAUCAUAACAUUAUUGGAGCCUACUGUUGCCGGACAUGCUCGAUGAUACUGUAACACGAUUGAUCAUAACAUUAUUGGAGCCUACUGUUGCCGGACAUGCUCGAUGAUAUUGUAAAACGAUUGACCAUAACAUUAUUGGAGCCUACUGUUGCCGGACAUGCUCGAUGAUAAUGUAACACGAUUGAUCAUAACAUUAUUGGAGCCUACUGUUGCCGGACAUGCUCGAUGAUAUUGUAACACGAUUGAUCAUAACAUUAUUGGAGCCUACUGUUGCCGGACAUGCUCGAUGAUAUUGUAAAACGAUUGACCAUAACAUUAUUGGAGCCUACUGUUGCCGGACAUGCUCGAUGAUAUUAUUAAACGAUUGAUAACAUUAUUGGAGCCUACUGUUGUCGGACAUGCUCGAUGAUAAUGUAACACGAUUGAUCAUAACAUUAUUGGAGCCUACUGUUGUCGGACAUGCUCGAUGAUACUGUAAAACGAUUGAUGAUAACAUUAUUGGAGCCUACUGUUGUCGGACAUGCUCGAUGAUAUUGUAAAACGAUUGAUAACAUUAUUGGAGCCUACUGUUGCCGGACAUGCUCGAUGAUAAUGUAACACAAUUGAUCAUAACAUUAUUGGAGCCUACUGUUGCUGGACAUGCUCGAUGAUAAUGUAACACAAUUGAUCAUAACAUUAUUGGAGCCUACUGUUGCCGGACAUGCUCGAUGAUAAUGUAACACAAUUGAUCAUAACAUUAUUGGAGCCUACUGUUGCUGGACAUGCUCGAUGAUAAUGUAACACAAUUGAUCAUAACAUUAUUGGAGCCUACUGUUGUCGGACAUGCUCGAUGAUAAUGUAAAACGAUUGAUAACAUUAUUGGAGCCUACUGUUGCUGGACAUGCUCGAUGAUAAUGUAACACGAUUGAUCAUAACAUUAUUGGAGCCUACUGUUGCUGGACAUGCUCGAUGAUAAUGUAACACGAUUGAUCAUAACAUUAUUGGAGCCUACUGUUGUCGGACAUGCUCGAUGAUAUUGUAAAACGAUUGAUAACAUUAUUGGAGCCUACUGUUGCCGGACAUGCUCGAUGAUACUGUAACACAAUUGAUCAUAACAUUAUUGGAGCCUACUGUUGCUGGACAUGCUCGAUGAUAAUGUAACACAAUUGAUCAUAACAUUAUUGGAGCCUACUGUUGUCGGACAUGCUCGAUGAUAAUGUAAAACGAUUGAUAACAUUAUUGGAGCCUACUGUUGCUGGACAUGCUCGAUGAUAAUGUAACACGAUUGAUAACAUUAUUGGAGCCUACUGUUGCUGGACAUGCUCGAUGAUAAUGUAACACAAUUGAUCAUAACAUUAUUGGAGCCUACUGUUGCCGGACAUGCUCGAUGAUAAUGUAACACAAUUGAUCAUAACAUUAUUGGAGCCUACUGUUGCUGGACAUGCUCGAUGAUAAUGUAACACAAUUGAUCAUAACAUUAUUGGAGCCUACUGUUGUCGGACAUGCUCGAUGAUAAUGUAAAACGAUUGAUAACAUUAUUGGAGCCUACUGUUGCUGGACAUGCUCGAUGAUAUUGUAACACGAUUGACCUUAACAUUAUUGGAGCCUACUGUUGCCGGACAUGCUCGAUGAUAUUGGAAAACGAUUGAUGUAUCAGCUAUCGUGUAGAACACAUGCUAUUGGGAUGUCAGUAUGUGGGUAAAAGAAUGAAGAAAUUAGAGUGCAUCAACCACGACCUUGGAACUAUGGCCUUACCAGUUCAGUGUAUAAUACACAAUGUGUGUAUUCUUACCUGUCCACUCCAACAACACUGGGAGUAUCUCCCGGGCAGGAAUGAUUGAAGGAUUAAAAUGGCGGUAAAAGUGAUGAACUCGUCACAUAUCAUAUCAUCCAGUUUAAGAAAUUUGAACAGGAGUUUGCUUUGGUACUUCACCUUACACUUCGGAUCUACCUAUAUGUUGUUUAGCUGAGACAUUUAAAGUGUAUUGUUUGACUUUAGAUGGUUCUCUUAGGACAGAAUUUAGGCUUUAACAGGUAUAAUUUGUGUCUGUUCUAAUCAUUAAUUUCCAAUGAUUGUUUGAUUAGCAUCUACAUUAAUAUUUCAGGGAGUCUUACUUUCACACAAACUUAUAAAUGGCAUACCUAAUGUAAAAACGAUGUCUGCCAUUGAAUUCUGCCAUUAACAGUUUGGGAAUAAAUCUAUUCUUUUGA